GCUCCGCUCAGAGCUGGGUCCCGGGGUCCUGGCCGCCUAAGCAGCAGCCGCCUCCGCCCCCUCGGCCCCCGCGCGCCUCCCGCUCCCAUGCUCGCCCGCCAGCGGCCGGCCCGGCCCGGCCCGACGGCCCUGCUGCUCGUGGUGCUGCUGGCCGCCGUGGCGCGGGCCUCCUGGAUCAUCCUGAUGCCGCUGAGGCCGUCCAGCCCCGAGCUGCGGCAGGCCGCCCGGACUGCCCUGCAUUUCUUCAACUACCGCACCGCCUCGCCCAGCACCCUACGGAACCUGAAAGAUGUGCUCAACGGCUCCGCCGUGAUCAUGAAAGGAGAGAAGGAAAUCAAAGUGGCGUUUUCCGUAGAAAGCCACAGGACCAAGAACUUGCAACUGGGCACAUGCUCUGCCCAAGUGGGGUUCAAGGAGCAUAAACCCGUACCCACUGUCAACAUAAACUGCACACUGCUCCCAGACCAAAAGGAAAGAGAGCAAGAGGAUUACAAACUGUACGAGCAAAUAAAGCAGCUGGAGACACCCCCUUUCGAAACCAUGAUCCCAGACAAGUUUGGAAACAUGGAUCCAUCUCUGCAGCCCCUGUGGGAGUUAGCCAUGAUCGGGAACUCUUUCGUGAUGUGGGAGAAGACGACGGUGACAUCAUACUAUUAUGUGCAGCAGAUCACUAAUAUAAAGAAACGGAUAACGCCAGAUGAUUUUAUCGCUCUCCACUAUAAGGUCCUGCUCCAUGAAUUCAAGAGCCAGGAGAUCAUUUCCUGCCAGGUGCAUCUGGUCUGGCAUCCUGAAAAACCCUCUAAAACACAGUAUCACUGUCAAGAUUCCGGGACACAAGAAAAUGGUUCUGGGCAUGGUGAAGGCUCAGGAGAGCAUUCCCUAUAAAAUCGCAUAGUAACUUCCGAAAGCCUCCUUAUUAUGCUUCUACCAAAUUCAAAUUAUACUCAAUGGCUUCAGCUGCUACCUGGUACCAUAGGUGACUAGAAUCAACUCCAAGUGUUCUGGAGAUGUAGAUAACACGGUGAUUAAAUAGUCAAUGUUCAGAAAAACGCACAUUAUUUUUUUAAUCAGCUUCUAGGAGCACAUGGCUGGUUCCCAUAACUCACGAGUUCACUUAUCUUCACUCGGAGCUAAUUUGGGGCCUGAAUGUCAGGACUGGUCAAGCCCUAAACUACUACCUAGAAAUCCAGAACGAAUUAACAGCUUCCAGAAUUUGGUUGAAUUUGCUAUUCUCCAAAGCUGGCCCCCAAUAUUAUUUGUCAUACUAUAACUGAUUGUUUUAUAUCAUUCAAAUCUCAAGAGUAUCCAUGCCAGUAGGUAAAUAAAGAUAAUAUAUUUGAAUAAAAGCAAAUUGAAAGGGAAAUAAAUAUUAAGCUGAUUUAAGAUGAUGAUUUUAAGGUUUCCAGCAGAACAAUUUCUUCUUUAGCCCAAGAAUCGACGGUCAAAUAAAUAUGAUUACGUUUCUAAUUAAGACAA